AUGCGGCAGGAGGAGAAGUGCAGCCGGUGCCGGCAGCAACAGGAGCGGCAACGGCAAUGGCAACGGGAGCGGCGACGGGAGCGGCGACGGGAGCGGCAACGGCAAUGGCAACGGGAGCGGCGACGGGAGUGGCGACGGGAGUGGCGACGGGAGCGGCAACGGCAAUGGCAACGGGACCCGCGACGGGAGCGGCGACGGCAACGGGAGCGACAACGCCAAUGGCAAAGGCAACGGGAGAAGCAACGAGAGCAGCAACGGGAGCGGCAACGAAAACAGAAGCGGCAACGGGAGUGGCAACAAGAGCGGCAACGCCAAUGGCAACAGGAGCGGGAGCAGCAACGGCAAUGGCAACGAGAGCGGCGACAGGAGCGGCGACGGGAGCGGCGACGGGAGCGGCGAUGGGAGCGGCAACAGGAGCGGCAACGGCAACGGGAGCGACAACGCCAAAGGCAAUGGCAACGGGAGCGGCAACGAGAGCAGCAACGGGAGCGGCAACGAAAACAGGAGCGGCAACGGGAGUGGCAACAAGAGCGGCAACGCCAAUAGCAGCGGGAGCGGCAGCGGCAACAGGAGCGGCAGCGAGCCUCUCUCGUUCACAAACGUUUAAAUAUCUCUCGCCCUCAAAUUUAGGAAACGAUUCCGGCGCAAAAGCAGCAACAACAAUACACCCGACUGUAAAUGGAAGCACUGCAGCACAGUCAACUCCAUUUCUCAGCAAAUGAAGCCUCAGUGCAGCGAGUGACAAAGUGCCCCACCCUUGUCUUUAUAGCAGCUCCUUUCAUUAUAUGUGGGAUUGCAUUAAAGAUAUGAAGUACUCACACCUACUGCUUCUGUUGGGUGUUUGUGGGGGUUUCCAGCUCGUCAGGCUCUUCGCUAUCACUUUCCAGAUUAUUAGCGCCGGUGGUGUCAGUGAUAGCUCAACAACACUCGUGAAGAGUUACGAUCUCGCUUACAGGCCUGAUGGCACUGGAACGCAUCCAAAGCCCAUUUCCCUUUCAUACCCAAUCAAUGAAAACACACAGCUCCAUGAAGAGGCCAGAGGAGCUAUUGUGUGUUAAACAGACACGCCCGCCUUUACUGGAGGAUUUGAAGUCUGCGGUGAUCUCACUGCUGCUUAAUGAAAACACAAAAUCGUGCUGUGACUUGAUGCCGACGCUCCACUGCACUGACCUGACCUGUUGCAGGCUGGGAGUUAAAGUGUGCGGCUGCUUUCAGUUUUCUUUC